UCUUUUCCACUCGUCUUGACUGCAGCUGUCUGUCGUCUGUGUUGAAGACAACAUACCGAGACCAGAGAUCUCCUCACAAUCUCACCAGAAUGAACCACACUUCAGCUGCAAAGUACAGCUGGAAGCAGAACUCAUUACAUGAAAAGGCUGUGUGUGAAUGAACAAAAUAAGAUUCAUAACAAUUCUGAAAGAACUUCUUUUCAAGCAGAGAAACAGAGCUCCAACAACCUGCAUGCACUAAAAGAAAGAAGCAAAAUAUCUUAGAAUUAAUCUCUUUUUCUUCCUAUUUCUUGGUUUAUUUCUGUAAAGAGUUCUGUCUCCUCCCUCAUCUCUUCUCGAUGUGUGAAAUGACUGUUUAAACAGGAAGUGUCUGUUUUAGAAGACACCGAACAGCAGUUAUUUUUAUUAAUGUGUCAGUAUGGGGUCCGGUGCACUGGCUCUCAUUCUCUUGCUGAUGUCCUUCAUCCACGCUGGACUCACUCAAGAGAGACCAAAACCUGUAGUGAAGGUGAGUCCAGAUGAGCGUGUGUUCAGAGGAGAGACAGUCACUCUCACAUGUGACAUACAGAGAGCAGGAGACAUUCAGUGGACAUACAGCUGGUUUAAAGAUGGAUACACUUUCUAUCCAUAUCCAACAACAACAACAGAGAUCAGGUUCACAGCUGAUUACAGUGCUGAAUACAGCUGUAGAGGAGAGAGAUCAGACUCACAGAGAUCAGACACCAGUGCUGCUGUUACACUGACUGUAUCAGAUUCAUCCAAAUCUACACUGACUGUGACUCCAGACAGUCCUGUAUUCUCUGGAGAAACAGUCAAUCUGACCUGUGUGAUUGAGACUUACAGUUACGGAUGGAGAAUUGACCGAACAUAUGACUGGAGAUAUGAGUGGUAUAAAGACAGUGUAAUGUUACAGACGUCUGGUCGUUACACUGUAAACAGAGACACUCUCACUAUCAGAGGAGUAAUUACAUCUGAUCAGGGUCAGUACUGGUGUAGAGGACAGAUAAGAUCAGUCUGGUCAUCGUUUAGCUCUGCUGUUUCUCUCUCAGUGAAGGAUUCACCCAGAUCUACACUGACUGUGACUCCAGACAGUCCUGUAUUCACUGGAGAGACAGUCAACCUGACGUGUGUGAUUGAGACUUACAGUAACUGGAGAUGGAGAAUUGACCAAACGUAUGGCUGGAGAUAUGAGUGGUAUAAAGACAGUGUAAUGUUACAGACGUCUGAUCGUUACACUGUAAACAGAGACACUCUCACUAUCAGAGGAGUAAUUACAUCUGAUCAGGAUCAGUACUGGUGUAGAGGACAGAGAGAUAAAAGACCAAACUCAUCACAAUCAAGAUCUGCUGUUAAUCUCACUGUGAUGGAUUUACCCAGAUCUACACUGACUGUGACUCCAGACAGUCCUGUAUUCACUGGAGAGACAGUCACUCUGAAGUGUGUGAUUGAGACUUACAGUAACUGGAGAUAUGAGUGGUAUAAAGGUACAAACAACAGUGUAAUGUUACAGUCAUCUGAUCGUUACACUGUAAACGGAGACACUCUCAGUAUUAAAGCACUGAAUGAGUCUGAUCUGGAUCAGUACUGGUGUAGAGGACAGAGAGAUGAGAGACCAAACUCAUCACAGGAGAGUAACCGAAUACAUCUGUCUGUUAAGGUCUCAGAUGCUUCAUCUUCUCUUCUGGUCACUGCUGUGGUUUUGGGAUCAAGUGUUUGCUUGUUGAUCUUCAUCUCACUGCUGCUGCUGUGGAGAUACAAGAAGAACAAAGAUCAGCAGCAUAACAUUAACCAGACAUCAGUCCCAAAUCAAUCUGCAGAAUCUCAACCAGAAAACUCUCCUCUACAGUCUGCAGGUCCUGAUCACAUUUAUGACGACGUGACUGAAGUGAAGAAGAGACACAAAGAUGAUCCAGAGUCAUUUUUGGAGGUCACAUAUUCAGAGGUCUUAUGGUCAUAUUUGGAUAAAGAUGUUUCCAUGGCAGAGUCAAAUGAUGUGACAUAUUCAGAAGUCAUAACAAAAGUAAAGAAAUGCAAAGAUGCUGAUGCUGGAGUUGGUGAUGCAACUUAUGCUUCUGUUAGGAAGAAGGGUCCCUGAGUGCAGUGAAGAUAACAGACGGCUGAAAGAGAUUCACAGCAGCAGACACAGUGACGCUUGCAUUGCUUAAAGGGGUCAUAGGAUGCUAAUUUCACUUUUAUAUGUUGUUUAACAUAAAUGUGUUUUGGCAGUGUGUGUACACAUCUACCCUAUGAUGAUAAAAUCCACACAGUGGUUUUAAUUUAAUCCCUAAAAAUAAUAUCCCCUUUUGCAAAUCAGGCCAUUCUCAGCUCCUUGUCUGUGUGACAUCACACGGAUGAAUGCCCCUCCCACGAAAGUUGAUUGACACUAGCGUCUUACCUUAGCUCCGCCCCCUGAGUGACUGUCAUCAGUCCAACAUUGUUUCACCGCUGGAGCAGAUGUAAAUAAGAUUGUCUCCAGAGCGAUUGAGGUGUUUUGUUGUUGGAUGUAAUAAUGAACAUAGCAGUCGUCAUUUACUCACAACAUCUGAGCCGCUGAAGACACAGUGGAUUAUGUUUGUUUCUGAAGGGAAUGUGCCCCGAUCAAACUAAAUGCGUUUAUGUUCACGCGAAUCAUUCAUGAUCUAGCUUCUCCAACAGAAGAAGUGAGUAUAUGGUUUUUUAUGAAUCUUUGCAAUCGCUGUUCCUAAUAACAUGCUAGUUAGCAAGUUCUGCGGCUAGUAAACAGUCUUAGAGCAGGGUUCGUCACCUCACAGAAGAGAGGGGCGGGGUCAGCAAAGCUCAUUAGCAUUUAAAGCUACAAACACAAAAUGGGUUGAUUUUUGCACAGCUGAUUUUGACACGUAAAAAGGGUGUUGUUUUACACUACCAUUGAGAAAUUUUAACCAAAGUAUGUUACAGACUUUUCAUUAAGACCCUAAGGAAUCAUAUUAACUUGUGGAAAAUAGGCAUCCGAUGACCCCUUUAAGAAAUAAAUCUGAGUGAACUGCUUAUGCACAUGCUUGAUUAAAAUACUUUAGAGAUGUAUAUUUACUGUAUUAUCUGUACACAUGCAAGCAAACAAAUAUAUCUAUAAUACCUGUAUAUAGGAAAAUACUUUUACCAGUGAGCACUUUUGUUUAACACAAUUCAGUGUUAACUUCCCUAAAAGUUAUCAUAGCAAUUAAAUAUUUCAAAAUAUAGAAUAAAAUAUAGAAUAAAUAGUAUAAAAUAAUAGUGUUAUUGGCACUUGGUUAAAAGGAGUUAAAUAUUUUUUUGUUUAAAUCUUUUUUUUUUCAUACUAAUAAAUGCUUGUGUUUUUGCCAAGUCAUUAAGAUGGAUGAAGAUUUUUCUUACAUAUCCACAUACAGCUUUUUAUAUUAAUAUAUCUUUCACACUUUUUUACAGUUAAUCAAUUUUGAGUUUUAUGUUUAAUAAAUAAAAAUACAUACAUA